UCAAAAUGUCACCAACAGUCAACCUUCCAGCGGAGUAUUGCAAAAUUCAAGGGUCCUCCAGUUGAGUCAAUAAAAUUGUUGAAUGAGCAAAUAAUAUUAGUUUUUCCACCAAGAAAUCGUACCGAGUGUUCUUCGAGAAGAUUGUCUCGUCGCGGAAAACUAGUGGAAUCAAAAAAGAUGCAUUUAAUGAGACGUCGUUACAAUAACAGUAGACGCACCGACGGCUAGGGGUAAGUACGAGAUUGUGAUCACAUCUGCCUACCUCCCGGGCGAUACGGAUAUAGCACCACCUCCUGCAAUCGAUUCCCUCAUGAAGUACUGAAGAAGUAAAAACAAGCCAUUCAUCAUUGGAUGUGAUGACAAUGCACAUCACACAAUAUGGGGUAGCAUGGAUUUAAAUAACAGAGGACCUUUGAACAAAAAUGUAAAUAGCAUCAACAUUCAAAAACAACUGGAACCAAGCAAGAAGAUGAUGUCAUUCCACACUGACAUAUAAGUAAAACUUGUUUCUAUGCUGCACCAUCUAUUUUUAUCGAAUCCAUCCAAUAGUGGAAUCCAGGUUUAUUGAGAUUGUGCAGUAAAAUCCCUAUGGUCCGCAUGUAGUUUGUUGUUAGUGGUGGUUGAUUCCGGAGAAUGGCCGAGGCGAUUAUUUCCGACUGGAUUUCCGACUACGAAUCACUGCAGGAUUCCGAGCUGCGAACGUUUGUCGCACAGCAUGAAAAUGACUUCGAAAUAUCCAAAGCUCUGUACACGGUCCUGAACGAGCGUGCCAAGUAUAAAGAUCUCAUUUAUCCGAUCUGCAAUCAGCUGUGCAAUAUCUAUCGAUCGAACGAGAUUGAGCUGCGACGGUUUGCGUUGCAGUUUGUACCGAUACUUAUAUACCUGUAUUUGAACUCGGUAGCCCAGGGCGAUAAGAGGGGCAGUCGGCCGAUCGAAACUUUGUUGAUUUGCAUUUACAACAUCGAGGUCAGUUCUAACGAUGGUAGUCCGAAAGCGGUUUCCUUCCGGAUGCCGGUGCUGGCGCAUGCAUCCAUCUAUCACGAGGAGAAAAGUCUCCAUCCCAUCGACCUGCGGCGUUGGGAGGAAAACAGCAAUAAGGAGGUCAGUUGGGGUCCGCUUCCAUCGAUAGAAUCGAUUAAUGCGCAGAACCGCCUAAAGGUGAUGACGGCCCUUCUUUUCACCUACAACCAGCAGCUCAACCAGAUUCGCAAACCUGCCCUCUAUCAUCUUUGCAAGACUACUUCGCAGCUAGUGAACCAAGGUUUCUCGAAACAGGGCCACGUGCAUCGCCCAUCAUACGGAACAGAUCCAACGUCGCCACAGCAGGGAAGUGCAACAACUUCCCCUUCCCAGCUACAGAAUCCGGCCUCGCUGUCCACUGCAAGUAGACCUCUUCCGAGAAUAACAGUUAGUUCUCAGUUCUUGGUCGAGCUCGCACACGCCAACUAUUUUGCCAUGUUCAACGAAUUUGCGUCAGCCGCCAUCGAGGCCGUGAACGAUCUGCACAAUCGAGCUUGCUACGAGAUGCUGCCCGAGGUGAUAUUGGUUACGAACGCAAUACGGAAUUCUUUGCAGGCUAAUCCUUCCGGUCAACCGAGCGACGGCCCAAUGGGUAUUAGCGUAGCACUGACGCCGGCGACAGCCACAGUGACUGUGUCCAAGUCCAUGAUUACUAACGCAUCGUUCCGAACGAAAAAGUUACCAGACGAUAUUCCCAUUCAGGGCCCGAAGGAGGAGAACGGUCAGCUUAGUAGUAUCAACGAGGAGAGCGAAAGCGGUGAUGGGCCUAAAACAGCAACUGGCACUGGUGCCGGCCCUGGCGGAGGCGGUAAGGUAAAAGAUUCCAAAACUCACAAGGUCCUCGUUGGUUUUAUGAAGCUGAAAGAUAAGGAUAAGGAGAAAGACGAUGGUAGCGGUGUUGGUUCCGGUGGCAGCGGCAGUAAGCAGGGUGCAGUGGGUGUGAAGAAGGCUCUUGGUGCGAAGGAGAAGCUUGGUGGCAAACAGUCGCUUCUGCUGCAGACCGGCAGUGGAGAGUUGAUGGAGACGGACAAAACUAGCCCGCUGACGGUGACGAAACGGAAGAGCAGUAGUAUCGAUAUUAUCAGUGUGCCGGCGAGUAUGGUUGGAACCGGCGAACUGAUCAAUUUUAAGCAAUCGGCACCGGUGCUCUCGAACGGUGGUGUUCUGAUGAGUGCCGGAGGUGGUGACGAUAAGGGUUUGAAUAUGUUAAACUCAACGGAACGUAACGGGGCCGGUAACUCACUGGAGGUGGGGGAAUCGUUUGAUUCUGGCAGCGAAAUGGUGAUGAAUAACAACAACCCGGAAAAAUCGGUGCUGGAUGUGAAGACGCAUAGCAGUAUACAAGUUAGUCAAGUUUAAGAUUUAGUUGCAGUGUACCUUUAUGAGUUUUAUAAACGUGUAUAGUUGGCUUUUUGGCAGUAUUUUGCUUUAGGCGCCAGUGGGUUCUACGUCCUUUGUUUGUGAUUAUGUUUUCGGUUCUGUUGGAAGCUAUCGUUUGUUUAAGUUUUAUUCAAAGCAGUUUCGUACUCCCUAGAAUGAUGUAACUGACUUCUGAGCACUGUGAGUGGUCAAUAUAGCGUUGUAAUAUUAGCUGAUAACCACAAGUCUGACUCUUUUGCUAUUUCGAUUCAAAUGGAUUAACCGUCAAUCGUAGACGUUAGCGAGCUAAAAGACAUGCACAAAAGCACCGUAGGUAGUCUGUUACUUCAUUUUCAAGGGGUUGCGAUGCUUAUAGCUAGUUACUCGUAUUAUUUAAUUACAUUUGUUAAUAUUAUAUUCAUAAGAUUUUCUCGGUUGAUAUUACUCGAAUUGACGCUAAUUUAGCCAACUAUAGUAAUGCUUCUUCAUCGCUGAAGCUGCUGCUCAUGAUAUCCGGAAAAUCCAGACCUUUAAGCUCACAAUCUAAUUCUGAAAAGUUCAAAGUUAACCACAUCUCCACUUGUCUUCCACCAUCCAUUUGUUGUGCAUCCAUCACUCAAGCAAACGGUCAAUCAAACAUAUUCGCAUAAAAUAUGUUCAUUUAAUUUUCACAAUCGUUUGAACUGAUUUGUUGGCAUUCCUAUAUUUUAUUAGCAGUUUUUUGGUUACACGGAAAACCGAUUCAUCACAAUUUCAACUAAAAAAUUAGUUGAGUUUUUGGUUUCGUCUAGUUAAUAUUUGGGCGAACUAAAUUUUUGUUGAAAACAAUAAUCCAACGUUGUUGGUUUGAUGCUGUCAGUUUCAGUCUGGACACGAACGUUUCAUCCUAGCACAAAACUUAAAAAGCUAAAGCACAAAACUUGAAAAGCUACAUGAGCUAAAGCUUGAAACGCUUGUCUCAGCUUGUAACGCUUGUUUUAGUCCAGACACAAUUGCAUAUGCCGUUACACUACCUUUUCAGCCAAGACACAAACGACUAGAAUUCAACUAAUCUCAUUGUUGAAUUAAACUGCUUCAUCGUAAAAUACAACAUAGGAUAUUUCAAACGUUUUGUUUCACCGACCGACGGAUGAAAGGUAUGGAAUUAAAUUGUUGAAAAAUUCCGUAUGUCAGUAAUUCACACGUAAAUAUAAUACAGAGUUAUGUUUCUCAUAAUGUUAUCUUUUUAUAAACUGCAAUCUUAAAUGAGACGAAAUAGCCAAAGGUAUUUAAGGAUUGUUGGAAAUUGAUUGAUUUGAAUUUUAGAAUAAAGGUAUAUUUUUUUUCUAUUUAGUCACAAACACUAUCCAGCACUACAAAAAAAACUUCAUACUUAUUCCACAUCUAGUUUGGAAUCUCAAACGAUGAAAAAUAAUUAUCAUAUUGCAUAUUACAUUGGUUAAUAAUUGAAAUGUUAUUAUAUAAUCGACUAAAUCUGAAAUAGAAUGAUUUUGACAAUUUUAGACAAUACUUUCAAUUUUCAGUGCACAUGUAUUGAAAAAAAUGCCAAUAAAAAUCAUCCCUUUAUUGAAAUGUUUUUAAAGAAAAACUAGGUAAAACCAAAAUGAGGUCAGUUGAAUUUCUGUUUUUUUUUGUGUACUGGUUCAGGUAGUUGCGUCCAGGAUAAAACAAGCUUUCCAAGCUGAGACAACUACCUACGUGCUUAACCGUUAUGCCCAGCGUGUAUGAACAUAGUUGCUGUCGCUACCUUGAUGUAUUUCAGUAAGGUGUGCAUCUUAGCUACUUGCUGUCAUUUCGUAUGAUGUGCGUCUUGAAUCAAAAUCAAUAAUAAUUUUCAAUAACUAUUAUUUGAGAAUCUCUCAAAAUUAAGAGAAAAUUUAGUUACGUUAUUCAUUUUUCUGUUGAAAUCAACUAAUUAGGAAAAAAAAAUUUGUUUUGUUAUUUUCUUCAUCGAAUGGCUUUCAGUGUAUAUUAAAAUACUUCAUUCAAAAUGUUCCCCGAUCUUUUAGAUUUUUCCAAUUACAGCACACAUUUACUGCUUCGUUAUCGGUUCUUAUUGCAUAAUAAAUCACACGGCUGCUGCUGAUAGUAAGCAAAUAAAUUGAAAUAAUGUUCUUUAGGGUUGAGUCGGAUCUGAAUCCUGAAUUAUUUGACACAGUGAUGAUGCAUAAGCUUCAGUCUCUCUGCACAUCGACUGCACGCCUAUUGUGUUCGAUUUCGCACAGCUUGAAAGGUCGAGGCUUGCCUGAAGCUGACCAUCUCUUCGUGGUACCCGGUUAAUCAUCACUAGCUGAUUUCUCUUCCGGCAUACUCGCUGGGCCGAGAUCGCAAGGCUGAAAAUCGUAAGACCGAAUUUACAUAAGGCCGAAUCUAAAAGGCUGAAAAAUCAAAAGACGAACUUUUAAAUGGCAAACUUUCUGGAAAACGAAAUUUCAAACGGCAAACUUUUCAGAAGGCGGAAUUUCAUAAAGCAAACUUUUUAGAAGGCGCAAGUUGAAAAAGCAAACUGAUAUCAGCAUUUCGAUACGAAAUUUCUUCCACAUCGAUCGGAUUCGAAUCGUUGUUAUGACGUUUUUUUGUGUAGAAAGGCAUUGGUUGUUGCUUCUAAAAACAGUAACCAUCCUACCAGCGAAAUGGUCCUGUGCAUUGGUUUUGUGCUCCAUAGUCACAUUCCAGUUCACAUUUUUUUCUUUGUCUUCUAAUUUAUUGGCUUAAAACAACUCAAAUAAUAGAUGUGUUUUUGAAGACCCCUAACGGAGACUCCCAGUUGCCAGUUACUUAGAAAUUAUAGAAACCAUUUACCAUUAGUUUACUAUAAUUGAAUAGGGGAACCCGGGGCUAUAAAGACCGUGACGGUAAUUCGGAUCCCCUCGAUUUCUCAGAAAAUCGUAAGACUUUCUAACUGUCGUACCUAUUCGUGGAAGCGCCGUUCUGAAACAUUAAUUUUGACAGAUGAAUCUCAUUCUACAGAUUUUUUAGAAAGGAGAUACAAACUGCUUCAUUCUUUCGUUUUUCUCCAAACAAAAAUCAUUAUGGGUCAUUCAACGCGAAGUGAUCAAAAAAGAUGCAAACUUGAAAUCGACCUUCACGGAUUUGAACCAAAUGUGGAGGAAUUGUUCAUCUAGGGCCAAUAUAUAAAAACCCAAAUUUUUGUGACAAUUGAACCACCCUUCGGGUCAUGGGAGCACCCCCCGUUUUGGCAAAUUGCCAACACCCUUGAUUUUCUUUUGAUCUUAUCUCCGGUUCAAUUUACUCUAGAAUCAAACCACAAGAUGGCUUUUGUAGAAAAUUGUUCAAGGAAUCUAGAAAAAAUAUUAUUUUUUGCCGGCAGUGAUGCCAACUAUGCAAUUUUUUCAGUUAAAUAUUAAAAGUUAAUUUUUCUCUCAAUAUGUAUAUUUUAAUUUUGAAAAUUUUAAUGCCAUCGUGUUCCUCAGACAUUUUUACAUAAAAAACACUUAUCCCAAUAUAAUAUGAGCGCAUCCUGAGAUACACCGUUUUGAAGGGAAAAACUCCGAUUUUCUCAUAUAAAAAUCCAUUUUUAUUGGCCAAAAUUGAGAAAAUCUUCGAACGGUCAUAAAAAUCGACCCUGAUCUGCUAGAAGCAAACCAAAAACAUAGUUUUUCAUCAUUUCUCGCCUACUUCACAAAAAAUUAGGUUUGAACUCAGAAUACUCAAGUUGGUUUUUUAGUGUUGUGCGCUUGCGAUUUUAUAUAGGAAAUUGCGGUUUUUUCUCUUCAAUACGGUGUAUCUCAAGAUGCGCUCAUAUUAUAUUGGGAUGAUAAGUGUUUUUUAUGUAAAAAUGUCUGAGGAACGCGAUGGCAUUAAAAUUUUCAAAAUUAAAAUAUAUAUAUUGAGAGAAAAAUUAACUUUUAAUAUUUAACUGAAAAAAUCGCAUAGUUAUCAUCACUGCCGGCAAAAAAUAAUAUUUUUUUUCUAGAUUCCUUGAACAAUUUUCUUCAAAAGCCAUCUUGUGGUUUGAUUCUAGAGUAAAUAGAACCGGAGAUAAGAUCAAAAGAAAAUCAAGGGUUUUGGCAAUUUGCCAAAACGGGGGGUGCUCCUAUGACCCGAGGGGUGGUUCAAUUGUUAAAAAAAAUUGGGUUUUUAUAUAUUGGCCCUAGAUGAACGAUUCCUCCAAAUUUGGUUCAAAUCCGUGUAGGUCGAUUACACAUGCCUUGAUCACUUCGCAUGGAAUGACCCUUAUACAUAAUGGUAAAACCACGAUUAAAGUAACAAAUAAAAGUGAAAAAAUAACAGAUAAGUGUUUUAGAAAGCUUGAGGCUCCUAUUUUAUGGAAUGAUUAUUGUUUGUGUGAAAACAAAGAUAUUUCCAAGACGCUCACCACUUUUGUGCGAAACGAUCAUACGGGGUUAUUCGGACCCCCCAUUCCAUCAACCACCGUUCAGCGGCUGGCAACUGCGCACACGGUUGCACACAUCACAGCAAAGAAAAUUCAUGAUGCGCCAAUCGACAGCUGUAACUGCCCAGAUUAAUUUUUUUAGCGUAUUUUUUUUUGCUUCUCAGAGAGUUUCUCAAAUAAAUAUUUCCUAGGUCAACAUAAUUUCAUUGUAAAAGAAUGGAAAACGUAGAGUUUUGUAAACCGUCACCGUUCGCUGCCAUGGAGCGGCACUGAAAUGAUGUACAGCUGCUGAAGAUAGUCGUUGGAAGCGACGGCCCCUCGUAAGCAAACCUGUGAUCUUCGCGUAUACCCGGUUUACUCGAACAUAAAGAUUGAUUCCUUCUUUCAAACGUGAGAAGUUCUUUAAAUUUGUAUGCAAAUAAAUUUUGCAAGCAAAUUUGUGAACUUCUGCCUAAUAUACUGAAACAUAGCGGUUGAUUCGAGCUUUUUUGAAUCUGUAUUAAAAUCGAAAUUAGUGCACAUUUCGACUUAAAGUUUGACGGGUUUUAGAGCAUUUAUCCUUCUUUGGCAUUUGAAAAACUUCGUACGUAAACCCACGAUCUACCCGAUUGCCCGGUUUACUCAAAUAUAGGGAUGAUCCAAAAAUGACGUAGCAUUUUUUGAGUGAUUUUUAGCACCCCCCUCCUCCAUCGUAGCAUUUCGUCACAAAAUUCCAUAUACCCCCCUGAUAAUUACGUAGCUUGACGGUAACCCUCACCCCCCUCGUUGUCCCCGUAAAAAAUUUAAAAAAAAUCAAAAACGAUGUUAGUUAGAUGAAACGGGUAAGAUUGUCGUGACAUCUGGUCAACCCCUAUUCCCCUUUAAAAAAGCUACGUAGCAUGACAUGACCCCCUACCCCCCCUGUCGUCACACAUCAUCACAAAAUACAAAACUCCCCCCUGCCCCAUAUAAUGCUACGUCAUUUAUGGAUGGUCCCAUAGGGCACAAUACUUUGGAGGAUAUUUUCAUACCUUAUGUCACAUUGUAUUUAUCUUACACGACUAUUAUGUCAAAUGAUCAUGUUAUGUCUAAUGCCCAACGAUAUUAUACUGAAAAACUUUAUGCCAAACAGGGACAAUUUUUCAUGCGUUGUGGUGCAUUGUUCUGACACAUUUUUGAAUUUAAUCAUUAUUUAUUUAUAAACUUUCGAGGUAGUAACUAGGAACAAAGUUCAAUGCGUUUCAUUGCUCGUAUUCAUAUGACGGUUAGUGAUGAAUAAAAUAUAUGAAGAUGAAAUUUCCUGGUCCAUGGUCCCAGUUACAAGGAAAAUGCAGCUUUUUGAGUCACCAUUACAAAUAGCUUACCGAAGCAGAUGUUUCAUACUGAACUUUGAAUGUUUCAUGUUGGAAAAUGUCUUAAGCCUUUUCUCCCCUUUAUUCCACCACUCCAUACGUUCCAUCAUUUAAAGAACUUGAAAAACUAUUCAGCCAAAGGCAAACUUUUGCCGGAUAGCACUUUGAGCUCUUUGAGAAUUUUUCACAUAACUCAAUCAUGAAAAAAAUUCAAUGGAUUAUCUAUUUGUGCUCUUUUCAAAUAUCACAAAAGGAACCUUCCCCUCAUAACAAAUAUUUGAGUGAUAAUCCAAAUGAAACCAUUGUUACGAACUUCUUAGUUAUUUUUUUUUAAUUUUCGGUCAACUACUUUACUCUGGCAAAAAGUUUUCUGAAUUUUGAUUCUUCGUAAAGAAAAUUUUUCUGCGCUCUGGUAUUUUUUAGAGAUAAUAUUUUUUGGGAUUUGGCGCUUUCUGUAAAAUAUAUUUCCGUGGAAAAAAUUUCGGCAUUUUAUUGUCUGGGGGAUGGUUUUCUGGCUAAUGUUAUAGAAUCUAAAUAUAGCUAUGCCAAACGACUAAUUAUGCUAAAUUAAAAUUUUCUAAACAUGAACAUAAUUAUCCUCAGCAGUAGCACGGCUCAAAAUUAUGCCAAAUGGCCUCGCUUCUCGCACAGUUUUAAGUUAUGUCUAUUGCCAUGAAAAUAAAAAUAUAUGUCAAUUGACCUUCAGUUUGACCACUUCUCAAAAUUACGCCCAAAGUCCGUUAUGCCAAAUAGAUAUGUGCGCCGAUUCAUUUUCGAUCGGCGGUGGCGUAAGUUAUAUUUUUAGACGACGGCGGCGGCGUUUGCGUCGUCACACUCUUGGUACUUACCGUCGGCGUGUGUCGGCGUGACCAAUAUCGACAUUAUUGACAGUCAUGGCAGUAUUCUAUUGUAACAGACUGCAGCAUAAAAGGCUGGUUGUACUAAUGAGGAAUUCUAUGAAGGUCCGUCCGAAAAUCUCCAAAAUCCUGACCGACCAUUUUAUAUUCCGUUGAAACUUUUCAGGAUUCAUCGGCAUGGAAGACUAAACAUUUUCCACAGUCAAUAAGAUUAUUUUCACUCAAGCGCAUUUUUUUAAAAGGGCGUAGAUGUUUCUAUGCGCAUUAAUUUCAAUUUUUUUGUUCGGUUACUCUAUUUUAUACAGAAAAACUAUCUGAGAACAAGUUACAGGGAAUGAAUACUUCUUCACGAAAAAAUAUACACUGAAAAAAAUAUUGUGUCAUUUUUUACCAAAACAAAAUCUUAUAUUAAAACAUAAAAUUGCCAUAAAACCCAUUUUUUUUAAAUUUUUGUAUUUUGUCAACAAAACCCUAAAGAGAAAAAAAGACAUUUUGAAUGUAAUUGCAUGAUGGAGAACUUAUCGGUAAAUAAGUUUUUCUAACAAUAACUUUAUACAUGUUUUUAAAUUGCAUACUGAUUGGCAUACAAACCUGUAAUUUUAUUACAGAAUAUAAUUCUAAGUAUAAUUUUAAAUCAAAAUGCAUUUAACGAAAAUCUUCUAAAAUGCGAUAGUUUUCGAGAUACUUGGAGAGUUGCUCCUACAAAAGCAAUUAAUUGGUGUAAGUAUGCCCUUUUUAAAAGUUAUUCAAAUUACCACAUCAUAAAAUGACAAAAAUCUAAUGUUUAUCGUUUUAAAGACGUAAAACAAACUUUUUCAAUGUAUUCGGAUCAUCGAGAAACUUUUGACAUAUUUUUAUAAUUCCUACUAUUUGCAGUCAAAAAUACAAUUUUAUUUUUGAAUGUGAUUCUAACCGCCAUUUUAAAUCGCAAUGGUCAUAACAAAAAUUUUCGGAAAUGUGGUAGUUCUCGAGAUAUUUUAAAUUUUGUUUUAAAAUCACAAUUAUUUUGUAUUAUUAUGACCUUUUCAUAAGCCAUUCGCGUUUCUCCAUUAAAAGGAAUAGGUUUUUCGAAAAUCCCACAACAUUUCCUAUAACUUUCUCUUUGACAUCAAGGCGAUAUUGUAAACCAUUUGAAAGCUAUAUGAAAACAACCAACAUUUUAUUCAACUACAUAGUUUAAUCAUCAGACCCUAUGGUUGAAUAAUAUUUUGAUUGUUUUUGUGUAGCUUUCAAAUGGUUUACAAUAUCGCCUUGAUGUCAAACAGAAAUCUACAUUGAAUUUUAUGGGCUUUUUUAAAAAAAAACCUAUUGUUGUUGACAGAGAAACGCGAAUAACUUAUGAAUAGGUCAUAAUAAAACAAAAUAAUUGUGUUAUUAAAACAAACUUUAAAAUAUCUCGAGAACUACCACAUUUCAGAAAUUUUUUGUUAUGAGCAUUUCGAUUUAAAAUUGCGUUUAGAAUCAUAUUCAAAAGUAAAAUUGUAUUUUUGACUUCAAAUAGUAUGAAUUAUAAAAAUAUGUCGAAAGUUGUUGUUAUGAAAACUUUUUUUUAAAAGCUCCAAAUACAUUGAAAAAGUUUCUUUCACGUCUUUAAAAUGAUAAAUAUUAGAUUUUUACUAUGCUAUAUUUAGAUUAGAUUUUUGACAUUUUAUGAUGGGGUCAUGCGAAUAACUCCUAAAAGGGCAUAAUUACACAAAUUAAAUGUUUUUGUUGGAGGGAAAUUCCCAAAAACUCUAAAAUUAUCGCAUUUUGGAAAAUUUUUGUUAAAUGCAUUUUGAUUUAAAAUGAUACUUAUUCUGUAAUAAAAUUACAGUUUUGUAUGUUAAUUAGUAUGAAAUUUAAAAACAUGUAUAAAUUUAUUGUUAGAAAAACUUUUUUACCAACACGUUCUCCAUCAUGCAAUUACAUUCAAAAUGUUUCUUUUCUAUUUAGGUUUUUGUUGACAAAAUAUAGAAAAUUUAAAAAAAUUGUUUAUUUUUGCAAUUUAAAUUUUUAAUAUAAAUUUUUGUUUUUGUAAAAAAAUGACACAAUAUGAUUUUCAGUGUAUAUUUUUUUCGUGAAGAAAUUUUCAUUCCCUGUAACUCGUUCUCAGAAACUUUUGCUGUAUAAAAUAGAGUAAUCGACCAAAAAUCAUUGGAAAUUAAUGUACGUAGAAACGUUUAAGCCCUUUUGAAAAAUCGCUCUUGUAUAAAAAUAUUGCAAUUGCCAGAAAAAAUCAUGGUGAUUCGUAAACCGAACACAACUGCAAAGUUUCGUUCGAAUCGACGAACGACGUCAUAUUUUGCGGUCGGCCGGUUUCUCAUGGAAUCCUUCUAAUACUGAACAUCAUUUCUGGGUGGAGCUCGACCACACGACGAAUAAUUUAUGAGAUCAGAUACAUAUCCUCACUGCCGCCAGAUCACGGUCACAACUUGAUGAAUAAUAAAUAAACCUCGAAUUGAUAAAAAUAUUUGUGUUUUCAUGAAACUAGUUCACGCAAAAAAUACAUGGCGUUGUACUCGAACGUUUAAUAGGGUUACUGUGUUUGUGUCCGCGUGGCCAAUUCUCACCCCAGUGGGUCCGGGUUCAAUCCUAUCCGAGGUCGUUGAGGUGUCUGAAGUGAAAAAUCUGUUAUCACGGCUUCCUUUGGAAGGGAAGUAAAGCCAUUGGUCCCAUUCUACGCGUAGAUAGGCCGAUAUCUAGAGUCCAGAUGGUGGAGUCACCUCUCUCGCAUCGGCACUCAGUGCGGACAGAGGCCGACGGAAAAUAAGACAAUAAGACUUUAUCGUCUAAAAAAGCCGAAAAUUCUUUCGACGUUUCGGUCCUUAUUGGACCUUUCUCAAGGAAACUGUGAAUUUUAUUGUUUUAUUGUAGAUGACAAUUCCAAAAACUCAAAAUAACUUAAUGGGCACAAUAAAAUUCACAGAUUCCUUAAGAAAGGUCCAAUAAGGGCCGAAACGUCGAAAGAGCACACAGGAGUUCUUUAAUAAAAACAGAAGAGCCGAUUCCUAACCUAAAGAAAUAAACUAUAAGGGACCAUCCAUAAAUGACGUAGCAUUAUAUGGGGGAGGGGAGAGUUUUGUAUUUUGUGAUGAUGUGUGACGACAGGGGGGUAGGGGGUCAUGUCAUGCUACGUAGCUUUUUAAAGGGGAAUAGGGGUUGAUCUGAUGUCACGACAAUCUUACCCGUUUCAUCUAACUAACAUCGUUUUUGAUUUUUUUUAAUUUUUUUACGGGGACAACGGAGGGGUGAGGGUUACCGUCAAGCUACGUAAUUAUCAGGGGGGUAUAUAGAAUUUUAUGACGAAAUGCUACGAUGGGGGAGGGGAGUGUUAAAAAUCACUCAAAAAAUGCUACGUCAUUUAUGGAUCAUCCCUAAACAGUCGAAAAUACAGCCAGCUCCUUUUGACAAUUAAUUGUUUAUAGUUUUGGCGUUGGAAUAAAUAGAAAUUAAAUCAAUAAAUAAGAUUUUGGCUUCUGAAAACUUGAGUAGUAUAUUUUUGAAAUCUUAUUGUUUUAGCAGGGCGCCAAUUAGGUAACAAGGGAAAACUAUGGUCAGGAAUUUCAGCAAUUGAUUAUUUGACAUAUUCCUUAUAAUUAUUCUUGUUGCUCAUUUGAUAUUUCUACCCUUUCAAAAUAAGGGUGCAUGUUUGAAUAUUCCUCCUUCGGCAUGUUGUCGUUUGAAAUUAGUUAGAAAAUUAAUUAGAAAUUAGGAAUGAUUGUAUUAAUCGCAAAUGAUUUCUUCCACGAUUAAUCAAUCAAGAAGAACACAAUGUGAAACAAUUGAAUAUUAAAAAAAAGUUUGCUCUAUGAGUUUUGACCUUUUGGAUUUUUGAGUUUUCCGCCAUUUGAUUUUUUCAACUUUUUAGUAUUAGGCCUUUUGAAUUUUUGCCUUUUGAAAGUUCGUCUUACUUUUUUCGGUCCUUUGAUUUUUAGUCUUUCGAUACUAAAUCAUACUGGGAACAUGUGCAUUGUGCAACUCACUGUACAACAACGUGUCUAUAUAUUAACCCAUUCCUCAUUUUUCAUUAUCAAUCAUUUCCAUUUUGGUAUGACAUAUUUGGAUCAAGUUUUAAGAGAAUUCGAUGAACAAAUCCUAGCGUGGAUAACUUUGACGAAAAAGCAUCAAUACAGCUCCGUCCAGUCAAAAGAAACUUGAACACCGACCUCUUAUACAUUGACCAAAGUGUGACGUUAUGUAGCAUGCACACCAAUCCUCACGCGCUACCCGAUCCUUCAAUACCAUUCAAUAAUGAUGUGUAAUGCUGUUUAAUGCCACCCGACAUUGAACCAAUCUCCUGGUCAUUAUAUUGAAAGAAAAAGCUUCGCAUUACUCCCCACUGAGUCGUAUCGAAGGAACGUGUCUUCUCAAUGGUCUUCAAACAAUGGAGUCACUUGGUUCCCUACAUCGCAAAAAAUAUAAAAUUAUCGGGGUUCCCAAAUCACGUAGUGCUACGCUACUACUUCAAAGUAUCGCCUGAUAAAACAACCGCCGAUAUCUGACCGGUUCGUUCUAAAACGUGCUAGUAAUUUACAUACUGAAAUGACAAAAAUCACUUGUAACGUAAAAUAAACAACAAAACGACUAAUCUUCUCUCACCAUCAGCUCUGGCGGAUCUGAGUCCACACAAACCUAUCGUAUGGCACUUUCCGGAGUACCGCUUCACAGUCGUGUGUUAUCGACCGGAAAACGUCACUGUCACUGUAUUGAAUCUCUGUUUGCGAAAGCGAAAAAAAGCAAAAUCGAACCAACUCAACUCACUUGAUGUUCACAAAGAGCUGGCUGAUCAUAGAGCUUAUGCGGUGCGGUCGUUUUUUUUUAUUUCAUCUCAA